AUGGUUCUCUUUGAUUUCAAAUCAGACAAGCACUUCGUUGCUUCCUCUGACAAAAUUACCAUUCAUGUAUACGAGCUGACCAACCUUACUAUCCAUCCUUCCCGCAUCAGAAAGACUCAUUGGCGGGAAGUUGCUAGCAUCACUCCAGCUCCUGAUCAUCAGGAGGAGUCCUACAACGGGCUGAUGUUCUUCGAUGGUCACGGGAAGAUCGAGGGACAGGAGGCGUUGACCAAGCUAGCCCAACACCUCACUCGCCUGCGGUUGAUAGUGAGCCCCCAAGGGCAAAGUUUUCAAGAUGUUGCCGAAUUGGGAGAACACAAAGAGUUUGGGAUUCACUAUCUACGAUUAAACGAUCUCUUCAACUGGCCGGAUCAUGGGGUCAACAUGGCGAGCGUGACCACCUGGCCACGCAUCGUGUUAAAGUACACCAUAACAAAACGGGAGAAGCGACCUAUGAUGAAUGAAGGGGUGAGCAAGGAGAAGUACGAGGAGUUGAAAAAAAUGGUGAGCCAAAAAGACAAGGCGUUAGAAAAGCUGAAAGAGGAGAUGAAGGAACAAGAUAGGGAGAUACAAACAUUAAAGGAAAAGAAAGACGACGAGUUACAAAUGCUGAAAAGGAGGAAGGACAAGGAGAUACAAAUGUUAGAGGAAGAGAAAGAGAAUGCAAGUGAGCAGCAGGAGGCGGAGCUGCAAGAGUUGGAAAAGAAAAAGAACGAGGAGCUGAGAGACCUGAUGAAGAGGAAGGAUGACGAGUUACAAAAUCUAGAAACGAUGAUGAAUGAUGAAGAGAUACAAAUGUUAAGGGAUGCAACUGAACAACAUGAGGCUGAGCUACAAGAGUUGGAAAAAGAAAAGGACGAGGAGUUGAAAAAGCAUUUGAAAAAGAAAGAUGCCGAGUUACAAAUGCUUAAAAAGAGGAAGGAUAAGGAGGUACAAGCGUUAGAGGAAGAGAGAAAAGAUGCAUAUGAACAACAUGAGGCGGAGCUGCGAGGGUUGAAAAAGAAAAAUGACGAGGAGCUGAGAGAGUUGAUGAGGAAGAAAGAUGAUGAAGUACAAGUGAUGGAAAAGAGGAAGGAUGAUGAGUUAAAGGAAAAGAACGAGGAGUUGAAGACGAUGGAAAGAGAAAAGGAUGAGGGAGAAAAGCUGAGCAAAGGGAAGGAUGAGGAAUUAAAAACAUUGAGGGACGAAGUGGAGAAUUUGAGAAAUAAUGCUAAUAAGGGAGAUGAAGCCGGCGCUGUAAGAGAAGGUAAAAUCCUAGUGGAUAGUGAUGAAUGGCAAAAGUUAAAGAAGGACGAGAAGGAGCUGAAGCUAGAGCUAACGAAGAAGGACGAAGAGAUUAAAAGGAGGUUAGAAAAGGAGAAAGAAGAUAAGGAAGCACUGCAAAAGUCGAUGAACGAGAAGGAUGCCGAAUCCAGAAAGAUGAAGAAAGAGAAGGAAGAAAUGAUCCAGGCGCAUGCAGCCGAAACGCGAAAUCUAAGGGUCCAGGUGUCUCAACUUCAUGACCAGGAGCAUCGUCGCAAACAACCAUGGCAAUGGACAAGUGCGACACGGUUCGUACUCAACGUACACCACCGGCGGCCAGUGCCGCCAGGUACUUGGUCCGAUGCGGUACCCAGUCAUUGUUACAAUUAUGAUCCAUAUGCCACGACGGGCGCCUUGCCGUUCCCCAGAAUAAAUUGGGCUAUGGUGGACGAAGACCCUAAAGAUUGGCCUCUUCCCUCUAAGAUUGGCAUAUCCUGUCAACCUGGCCAAUUCGACAAAAACAACUGGUGGUUUAUAAAGACUUUCCAUCCAGACGGGCUCUUGACGAUGGUGGCUUAUUAUGACGGCACUUACCCUAGUUUAAACGAUCCCGGCCACUACACUAUCCAACUUCCCUUUCCAAGAAACUCAAAAUUUUCGACUGCCAUACCUUUCUCCCUGCUUCUGGUGAAUGGCACAUACAAGCUUGCUUUCAUCUACCGGGACUAG